AUUCAUUCAUCCAUUUGAUUAAACAAGGUCAUCCAUAAGUUAUAGUUUCGCCGAAUUUUGGUUACAUCAUUUAUGUAUACAUAAGUCCUAAUUCUUAGUUCCGAUCUCUAUCCAUAUCUUAAGUUCUAUAACGGAGAUGCUAAGCUAUUCAUUUAUACUUACUGCCUUCUGAAUAGCUUGAUAGAAUCUGACAAGGUAGUUUAAAGACUCACAAGUCCGCUCUUAUACUGCAUAUAACCAGUGCUUGUAGCUGUUUGUUUUUCUAUUCGUGUAAAACAUUACUGAUCCAGGAGGCUCUGGUUAGAAAUUCUAGUGUAGAUAACAAAGAUUAUUUUAUCGUCAUUAGUAAAACUACGAUGAGCGCUACAAAACCGAGAGCCUUCGAUAAAGAACGAACUCUUAUAGAACAGCAAGCUAAUCUUAUGUGAAAGUUAUAUCUCGAGUCACUUCGACAGAGAAUCUAGAUAUAUUAGUGACUUAAAGGGUCAUAUCAUGAAAGGUCCAGUUGAUGGUGAAUAGAAAUCAUAGAAGAGGCAAAGAAGGAAAGGUCAAAUUGUUCCUGAUACUAUUGCGUGGAGCUUGGAGGGGUCGAGUGACUCGGAUCCUGAAUCCAGACUUUCAUAUGCUCCAUAUUAAGUUGAGCUGUUUGUCUGUCUCAUAUUCCCGACUUAUUCAUCAGGUACUCAUGUCAAGAACUAAUAAGUUUAAGCAAGAGAGCCUAUGGUAGUACUGAUCCCCCAUCACGUAUACUUAUUAAGGUUCCUAGGGUUUGAGUAACAAAAUCUCAAGUUAACUUGUUCUCAGGAGAAAGAUAAUAGCAAUACGCCGGUGUAACUGGAAGAUAGAAUCAAGAGGAAAACGGGUGUGUCAGAACGAGUAGUCUGGAGACUGUUUAGUGUGACUACAAACUACCACUCGCUACUUAUUGAAAUAAACAAGACUGGUAUGGUAACAAGAAAGAAAAUAAGACUACAGAAGGAUGCUUUAUUCAGCAGUUACUAAUUAAUACAUUCACAAUGAGAGUUACAUAUCAUUUUAAAUGUUCGGUCAGUGAAUAAAUUUGGACGAAAGUAACUAAAGUUAGUCAAUAAUCUAACAUGUAGUAUGAUUUUCAUAGUAAAUAAAUUAAUUGACUUGACUGAAAAAUAUUACUCACUCCUAGUUUGUAUGUUUGUUUUAUUCCUAACAAUAACUACCCCUAGGUUAACUUUACUAUUGUUUUGGUAAAAUAAAUGAAAAAUAUUAUUUGGGCUGGUGUUCCACGUCAUGAGGAAGGAAUGUUUUUCUGUCUAAGGGACGACAGGCUCUUAGAUCACGUCUUUCAUGUUAUUUGUUUAUUAUAUUUGAACACAUCUUUCAUGUUUGGCUAAUCUGAUUCCGUAAUUAGAUUUGGCUUUAGCAAAAGGUGAAAAUAUUCCGGUAGAUGUAAUUUUUAUGAACCUCAGUAAAAACUUUGAUUAGAUCUCUCAUUUGGGUCUUUGAGCAAAGUGGGAAGGCUUCGUAGUGGAUUAUACAUCAAGAUCAGACUGAUGAAUUUCUUAGUGAUAGGAGGCAACGUGUGAGAGUAAACAGCACCUUGUUAUUGUAAGAAUAUGUGAAGGCUGGAGACUGGUGUUUGUUAGCAGUAAAUUCUAGCAUGCUCAUGGUAUGGUAAAUAGAUCGUUGUGACGAAUUAUGCAAGUAGAUAAUAGAUGAAGUGCUUUCAACUAACAUCAAUAAUACUAUUUUAAAAGCCACAGCAAUUAAUGAGCACAGAAUCAUGGGUAACUAAGAUGGGCGCUGCCAAAAGUUUCCUUAUUUUGUAGGUAAUCCGUAAAGCCUGUCAUAACUCGGAGGAAAAUACAUCUAGGAUAUUCUGCCCGACGUAUGUGAGACCUCGUUUGAAAUACCGAGUUCAGUCAACGAAUCGUUCCAAAUAUGAAACGGAUAUUCUGCGACGGGUUCAACGACGAGGAACCAAAAUCGCAGUCUUUCUGACUUGUCUUAUCAACAGGCUGGGACGCUUCAACCCAUUUCUGUUAUCCGACAGUAGAUCGUGGGGUGACGUAUUACAAUGUACUAAACAUUGGUUUUUGUACUAAUAUGUUUUAUCUUUCUUUUCAGGUAGUCUGAAAGGAUAUUCUCAGAUAGUUCCAAACCAAGAUCAAAUCGUUUAAAUCUGGAGUUGUUAAUUACUGGAAUUCUCUGAUAGAAAACGUAGUAUCAGAACUUGUUGAUACAUUCGAAGAGAUAUUGUAUCUUCACAGUACUAUAAAUCUCAAUGGUUAACAUGGGUCACUUGACCUCUUACCCUUACUCCUGAAGACUGACUGCAUCCUAUGUACGGGCUUACUGAAUUUUUGGCUCACAUCUCUUGUUCCUUAUCCUUCCAAAUUUCCACUAUUCUCUGCACGUUUUCCAGUACUGAUAGUACCUCCAGGGUAGACACGAAUAGCUGAAUAUUUUCAUCUCAUCAAGGGAUUUACUUCUAAGACGAUUUUAGCUAUCUGACCGAGUUACGCACAACCUGCGUUGUCAUAUUUCGUCAUAAAUGUAUGAACUGCUUGAGUACGAGGCUUCUAUUCUUGUCGACAUUCACCACGAAAGCUCAUUGCUGGUGCUUGCUGAUGGUCUGGGAAUGGAUACAAUUAUUUAUAACACACUAAGGUUACAUUCAGAUCCUCACAACUUAGUGCUUGUUUCGAACUAUCGUCUCCCAGAAGCUCGUUUUCUAACAGGUAUACUGGAAAAGAAUGGAAUAAUCCACUCUCCUGGAAUAAUUACUGCCGAGGUAAAUAAUAAGGAACGUGAGGCAAUUUACAAGCGAGGUGGUGUGGUAUUUGUCAGUUCUCGCAUAUUAGUUGUGGACUUACUGAUGGAAAGAAUGCCUGCCACUUUGGUUUCCGGUGUCUUAAUUCUUCGAGCACAUGAGCUACACGAGGCUUGUCAAGAUAGUUUCGCUAUUCAGCUUCUCAGAGAACGCAAUCCGCAGUUGUUUAUCAAGGCUUUCAGUGAUAAUUCAUUGUCUUUGACUUCUGGUUACAAUCAUGCAGAAAGGAUUAUGUUGCAGCUGGGUAUUUCAAAGCUUGUUCUUUGGCCAAGAUUCAAUAUGCAGGUUAUUUCUUGUCUAAAUGAAAGCCAACCUGAUGUGGAAGAAGUUCGCGUAAAGUUGACUUCAGAAAUGAUUAUUUGUCAGUCGUGUAUACUUGACCUUAUGAAGGCCUCAUUGAAAGAAUUAUGCGAUCAAAAUCCAACACUAAAUACGGACGAUCUUACCUUAGAAAAAGCUCUGUUACCGAAUUUCGACAGUCUUGUCUCGUUAUACGUUGACCCUGUAUGGAAUCAGCUCAGUUCAGUCAGUCGACGUCUUGUCGGAGAUAUUUCAAGCUUGAGGCGUUUACUCCACUUAUUGAUUGAAGGAGAUGCUGUCAACUUUUUAACCAAUAUGGAAGGUUUACGUCAAGCCGCUUUAGCAAGUUUAGGCGUAACUCAAAAGAGUGAAAUAAAUUCAAAAAGGGCUGCUUCAAGAGGUUGUCCUAGUUGGUUUUUGAUGGAUCAAGCUGAUCGUCUUUUGGCGUCUGCAAGGUCUCGUGUAUAUGCUGAUUACAGCAAAAAAUUAUUAAAUGUUGAGAUUAGUCCUAAAUGGAAAGCACUUGUUGAACUACUAAAAGAAAUCUAUACCAACACAACUGAUCAAACAUUAAGUAAUACCAUAUUAAUUCUUGUCAGUCGUGAAAAUACAGCAAGGUAUCUUGAACGUUAUUUACAACGUGGAAUACAAUCUAUUAAGAAGUUUCUUGUUCAAACUUCAGAUUUACCUGAGUUACAGUCGCAUAAAAUACUACAGAAGUCUGCCAAAUUAAUGAAUCCGAAAUCGUCUGGAGAAUCAUCCGUAACUACUCUAACACAAAUUUGCAAAAAAUAUAAAUUUGAUGAAUUGUGUGGAGAUAAUGAUGACACUUCAUCCUCAUCAGAGGAAAAUUGUAAAAUGGAUAAUACUGAAAAAAUCACUAACAAUGAUAAUCGUUUGCCUUUAGGAUGUCAUGAAGUUAGCAUUCAUCCUAGUUUAUUAAUUUCAUCCAAUAUAAAGAUGUCUAAUUCACUCAAAAUUAUUAUACGUGUAACACCAACAUUUUCAGGUGAUGAAAAUAGUCAGUUUUAUGGGUCAGCAAAAGAUCACCAAGAUGAGUCCGAUUUAUUUGUACAACAAUAUGGUUAUCGAUUAUCAUAUAUUUUAGAUGUACUUCAACCUAAUUAUGUGAUAUUAUAUGAGCCCAAAUUAUCAUGGGUCAGAGAAUUAGAAGUGUACAAUGCACGUCUUCUAAUUCAACAUUUCUCAAAAAGUGACUCUUCAAGUAACAUCAGAGAGCUUAAUAAUUCUUUACCUUCAUUAAAAAUAUAUUUUGUACUGUAUGAAAAUUCCGUUGAAGAACAACGAUAUUUAACAAGUUUACGUAAAGAAAAAGAAGCAUUUGAAUCUCUUAUUCAGCUAAGUAGCACUCUUGUUAUACCAAAAGAUACAACAAUACCAUAUGGAAAAUUACACGCAGGUGAUAAUCAAGCAGUGUCUCGUGUAAUUGUAGAUAUGCGUGAAUUUCGUAGUGAGCUACCAGCACUUUUACACAGAAAAGGAUUAAAAGUAAGAAACCUACUUUCACACUUUAUUUGUACGUAUAGUUCUGUUAAUAAUAUUGGAUAGUUCUUUUACUUAAACAGGAUGUAAAUUGAUGAAAAAUACUUACAGCUCAGCAUUUGGCUGAUUAACUCGUGUUGCUUACUAAGUUUGUGUCUGUGAUAGUAAAUGUUCUAAUGUUAUAAAAGUCAGCAUCACUAGCUGAAGUUCUUAGUAGAUCACAUUAGCCAAUCGUCAUCACUGAAUACUGGAGUAUUCAGAAAUCAAGUGUUCAUAUAUGUAAGCUUACAGCUAAAUAUUUACGAAUUCAGAGUUGUUAACUUCUGAUUGACGUAGAAGGGGUUUAUAUAUGUAAAUCAGUAUGAAAUAUUCACUGAAAGUGUUAGAAUUUUAUUGACGAAGAAACUGGCUAUUCAUUAAUAAAAUCAGAAACUCCAGAAUUGUUUGAAAUGAGUUAACAGUUUCACUCCGUUAUAUACGAUCAUUUUCGCAUAAUUUGUCAGUCACAGUGAAAGAUCAUAUAACAUAAAACGAUAACGAUAUACACAUAACCUCUAAGUACCAAAUUUCUAAGAUAUAGAAGAAUUCUUUGUAUGGAUUUUUCCGUCUGAGCCUAUUAUCUAUGAAAAGUAAGGAGACAUC